UUACCAUCGAGAUAUAACGAUGAGAUAGAAGUAAUGUGAUAGGUCUGUGUAAUACAAUAUGCCAGCUUUCAGAAUAAACAAAACACAUUUGGUGACUUUAAGCCUGCGUUUUCAUGGCAUAGUUAGACAAAUAGCCAUAUUGAUCCUCAACCUUGUUGCAGAAUGGAUCAAUAAUAGAUGCAGAAUAGAUGCAGAAUAAGCGGUUUUUUAUCACCCAAACAAACUAGACCAUCUGCCGUCUAAUCCAACGACUGUGGUUUCAUUUACCGCUGAGCUAACCCCUGCAGAGUAAGCUAAUUUUAAAUAAUGUCGAAACUACUGGGCUCUGCGGGGGUCUCUGUGUUGGGCGACAAGUCUUUGGAGUUUUACCGAGAUCCGGUGGCUUUUUGUGAACAACGUAUUGAAAAGCAUGGGACACGGAUAUUUCAAUCAAGACUUCUGAACAAACCAACUUCCUUCGUCUGUUCGGUGGAAGGGAUGAAAGAAUUACUUUGCGGUAUAGCCACUUAUUCGUGUGUGUGUGUGUGUGUGUGUGUAUGUAUGCAUGUGUGUGUGUGUGUGUGUGUGUGUGUGUGUGUGUAUGUAUGCAUGUGUGUGUGUGUGUCGCAAUAACCUAAUCAGUUCAACUGUCACAUUUUUGCCUAAUAGGCCAACAUUUUUAUACAUUAAUAGUUUUUGCUUUUCAUGAAUCAUGAAUGAGUCUACAUAUCAGUUUAAAGUUCAUUUCUAUUUUUAACGCAUUAGCAGGAUGUGAUAGGAUUUCAUUAAUGAUAAUUCAUCCAUAGAUUAGACAGGGCUUGAUAACUGACCAUGUCAUGUGAUGCACCCGUGACUUUGCCUGGGGGGUAGGGGUGAGAAUUGUGUGUUUCCCCAUUGAAAGAGGAAAUUGCAGCAGAUGUGAUCAUGACUGUAUUUCAGAGAAGUCAUCUGUGUUCCUGAAAGACCCCACUGAUGUAAUGCACAACAUGUAUGGAGACAACAUAGUGACUGCUAAUGGUGAGUUGAUGUCCCAAUAGGUCCAUAGGGUGCAACUUGCAUGCAAUUUGUUUAUCAUGGGAUAGGGGUUAUAUUAGAGAGCCUACACCUCAUCUGGCCUUUACAAAGACAUCUUUGAUUGUACAUGUUCACAGGGUAAAGCUGCUUUAGGCCUUCACACUAUUUGCUUGUUUAAUUAAUUUAUCAGAAGUUGAAAAAAAAAAUAGAAUAUUCAUUAUUUAGAUCAAUAGAUGGAGUCAUUGCACAGUUUCUUUAAUUCUCCAAUGCUAUGAGCAACUCCAUAAUGUUAUCUAUUGUAUUCUGUAUUGUUCAUCCAGGCGAGGAAGCCUGCUUGCUGCGUCUGUCUCUCACCAACCUUUUCACAGGAAAGUGUCUGGCCUCAGGCUCUGACCUCAUUAACAGGUAAAGACUAGUUUCAUUUAUUGGGUAUGACAGGGUUGACCAAAUGUCAUUAUAAAUAUAUCUUAAUUAAGGAUAACAAUGCUUGUUUCUCUGUUUUUCUUUCCUACACAGUGUUUCUGAACGGUGCUUGAAGGAUCUUUCUGCAACGUAAGAACCCUUGAAACCCCCACUCACAUUCCUUCAUGCACUUCUGUCUUACUCAAAAUACACUAGCAGGACCAUACCAGAAAUGUAUGACCUACAGUGCCUUCAGAAAGUAUUCAUAACCCUUGACUUAUUCCACAUGUUGUUGUGUUACAGCCUGAAUUCAAAAUUAAUUACAUUAAUUUGUUUCUCUCCUACAGUAUCUACACACAAUACCCCAUAAUGACAAAGUGAAAACAUGUUUUUAGACAUUUUUGCAAAUGUAUUUAAAAUGAAAUACAGACAUUUCUCAUUCACACCCCUGAGUCAAUACAUGUUAGAAUCACCUUUGGCAGCGAUUACAGCUGUGAGUCUUUCUGGGUAAGUCUCUAAGAGCUUUGCACACCUGGAUUGUACAAUAUUUGCACAAAAUUCUUCAAGCUCUGUCAAGUUGGUUGUUGAUCAUUGCUAGACCGCCAUUUUCAAGUCUUGCCAUAGAUUUCCAAGCCGAUUUAAGUCAAAACUGUAACUAAGCCACUCAGGAACAUUCAAUGUCAUCUUGGUAAGCAACUCCAGUGUAUAUUUGGCCUUGUGUUUUAGGUUAUUGACCUGCUGAAAGGUGAAUUUGUCUCCCAGUGUCUGCUGGAAAGCAGACUGAACCAGGGCUUCCUCUAGGAUUUUGCCUAUGCUUAGCUCUAUCCAUUUAUUUUUACCCCCCCCCCAAAAAAAAAAAAAAAUCCCUACUCCUUGUCGAUGACAAGCAUACCCAUAACAUGAUGCAGCCACCACCAUGAUUGAAAACAGUGGAGGCUGGUGGGAGGAGCUAUAGGAGUACGGGAUCACAUUUAUUCCAUUCCAGCCAUUACAAUGAGCUCAUCCUCCUAUAACUCCUCCCACCAGCCUCCACUGAUUGAAAAUAGGAAUUGUGGUACUCAGUGAUGUGUUGUGUUGGAUUUGCCCCAAAGGAAAUGUUUCCUUAUUUUUUUUUUUUAUAUUUAUAUAUUUUUUUUAAUUCUGAUUUAUCAGGGUGUGAUGCAGCACCCUCAGUACCCCUACUUCCUGUGGCUAUGACUGGGUGUAUUGAUACACCUUCCAAAGUGUAAUGAAUAACUUCACCAUGCUCAAAGUGAUAUUCAAUGUCUGCUUUUUUUUACCCAUCUACCAAUAGGUGCCCUUCUUUGCAAGGCAUUGGAAAACCUCCCUGGUCUUUGUGAUUGAAUCUGUGUUUGAAAUUCACUGCUCAACUGAGGAACCUUAUAGAUAAUUGUGUGUGUGGGUUGCAGAGAUGAGGUAGUCAUUCAAAAAUCAUGUUAAACACUAUUAUUGCACACAGAGUGAGUCCAUGGGGUAUUGUGUGUAGGCCAGUGUCACAAAAUGUCAAUUUAAUCCAUUUUAAAUUUAGGCUGUAACACAACAAAAUGUGGAAAAGGUCAAGGGGUGUGAAUACUUUCUGAAGGCACAGUAUGUUCUGUUCACUUCUCUGAUUCUUCUUGUGUAGUGGGGAGCCCGUGUCCGUGUACCCCCUGUUUAAACGGUUGGGAACAGAACUGGUGUUGGGGCUGUUCCUGAAUGUGAACCCAGAGGAGACGCCAGAGCUUUUCCAGGACAUUACAGCACUCUGUACCCUACACUGGCACGGUGAGAUGAUGUACCCUACACUGGCACGGUGAGAUCAGCCUCUGCCACUCGUAGGUUUUCCCCUCUUACAAUGGGAGGCAUGCUGCCCACACUGGGCCUCAUUGAACAAACACCACUACAAUUUCAGCAUAUCAACAAUUGAAGAAACACUUUAGUCUCACUUUCUUUCAAAGAACUUCCUGUCCCCUGAUGAUGGUGAAUAUAUACGUAUAGCCAGAUAGAUGUCUGACAAAACAGACUGCACUGCAUUCAAGGAGCCCUGUUUUCAAAGGGAGUGGAAUAGACACACAGAUCUGUGCAUUAGCUGAGCUACAGUGGUAGUUAGAUCUCAACACCUCUAUUGACAACACUGCCUCAGGCAUCUCGGUGAAUCCCAGCAGGUGUCAAUGACUAUUACAUUAACACAGCAUGUUAAUGUGGUAAUUGUGAGCCAAUAUACUUUUCAAAAGGGGAUAUUAGGCUAAUGAAACUGUAGUGGUUUCUCUUCUAUAGGUAGGCGUAGGCCCCUUUCAGGUUGAUGUAAGCAUAGAGAUGGAUACAUAUAUUGUUUUGUCAGAAUGUGACCUUUGACCUUUCAACCCCCUGUCCUUCCCUUACAGGGAUCAUCUCAGCUCCAGUCAGUGUGAAGGUUCCUCUGUGGUCCUCUGGCUUUUGCACAGCGCUGGAGGCUAAAGACAAGCUCAUGGACAUCAUUAAAGACAAGCUGGAGUGUCAGAGACAGGGGUGAGUCCAUAAAUAUGUUGUCAUAGACACACACCUUGUGGUCACAUGUAGUGGGCCUUCUCGCCUCACUUUCAUUGUCACUUUGUCUUAAUGCUCUCUCACUUACUCUCUCUUUCUCUCUCUCUCGCUCUGUAGGUUUGUAGGUUCUCUCCGCGAUCUCCCUCUACCUGAUGCCAGUUGUGCCUCCCAGCAUUUGCUGUUGUUCAUCUCUGCUCUGAUCCCCAAAGCCCUGGCAUCCCUACUCACCUCCUUCACUCUGGUUCUGAGUGGAGCAGGCAAGGUGAGACGGCCUGGUUCUCUUACUGAAACUUCAGAGCACGGGAACGCACUUUAAAUGAUGUUGACCUUACAUUGUAGUAACAACUACACAGCUUUUGGAAAUGCCUUGCUUUGAAUCAGUGUAGUACUGCAGGAACCCUGUACUAACACUAACGCUUCAUUCUUUUGUCAGGAGGAAAUUAGGAAUCGUGCGAGGGCAGACCCUGAUUACCUUUACUACGUCCUCCUGGAAGUACAGAGACUUUGGCCUCCGUUCAUUGGUGGAAGGAGAAUAGCCAAUCAAGUGAGUCCACUACAUUGCUUGUAAUCAAUAACAUUUUAUUUGAUAUCUCAGCUCUCUCUGUGCAUUCAUGAUCUGAGCUCUAGGGGGAGUAGCAUGCCCAUAAAUAGAUCUUUAAAGAAGUCUGAAUGUAAAAGGGAACAUUAUGUAUUUUCCUAUACUUAUGAUAGACAACUGUGAUCUCCCGGCGGCACGCAAUGACAAUGAACUUCUUUCUAAGUUGUUUACAAUGAUGAAUGACAAGUAUGUUCACAUGUUCCCCAGUUGAUAUCCUCUAUGAAUUAUUAUAUUUCUGAAAUAUUGCAUGAGCAGCCCAAGCUAUCGACUCUAUGUAUUUUUUCCCCAUGUCAUUGUAUUGUAUAUCUGAUAACAGGAAGGCGAUUAAUCAAAAUAGGCCUCCUACAUCCCAGUCAAUGUUUAUGAUGCAGAUGCUGAAAUGAAUGCAUUGUGUGACAAAAGAUAAGUUAUUUAAUAGUGUAUUAUGGGUGUUUUUAGUAAUAGAGCUGUCAGCCAAUAGAUUAUUGGCUAACUGUGGUCGCCAUCUCUUCAUUGUUCACUGGCUGGCUUUAUAAUGAAAAUGGUCCAGUUGAUGACGUCCAUAAAUAGUGUGACCUCAUGCCGCGUCACGCAAAAACAACAGCCCAUGAGGGGAAUUGAUUGGGCUCAAAUUGAUUGACCCUCUUACCCAAGGGCUGUGUUUGCUGUAUGAGUGGAAAAAGUAAUAGCUUGUAUUUGCAAUGGCUUCAAUUGUGUACUAGCUAGUAUGUUGUGUAAUUUCUUUUUCACCUUUUGUAACACUGAGUGAGUAUAGUUAGCAUCAUUUUUGUACUUGAAAAUUCCUCAAUUGGUCUGAUGUAGAGAUAUCUCUCUGUGUGAGUCCUGACCUGGAGAGGUUGUUAAUAACAAGUGACAUGGGAUUUCAACCAGCUGGUGAGGUGCCGACACAACUAGGAGCAGAAAAAACAAGUGUUAGAUUAAUCAGGCCCAAACAGGUGGUCAUAGAUGCAUAUUUAAUCAAAAUAUCUCAUGAAUAUGAAUCUGUCGUGCAGAGUGAACUGUCAGGGUGACAGAGUGUUGGGGAAGGGGAGGAUGGAGAGGGAGAGAGGGAGGAUGGAGAGGGAGAGGAGGAUAGAGAGUGAGAUGGGAGAAAGGAUGGAGAGAGGGAUAGGCUGGAGAUAGAGGGGAGGAUGGAGAAGGAGGGAGGGAUGGAGAAGGAGGAAGGGAGAGGCGGGGGAGGAGAGGAGCCCUGAGUUCCUGGUCGUCCUGCUUCAGAGCCCAGCUCCUAGUAGACCUAGCAGCCACAGGGAAGCACAGCUGGGCCCCAGCUCCCAGUAGACCUAGCAGCCACAGGGAAGCACAGCUGGGCCCCAGCUCCCAGUAGACCUAGCAGUCACAGGGAAGCACAGCUGGGCCUCUUCUGCUUUUUGGGCAUAGCAACACACACAGAAAGUCACUCACACAAAUUCUCAUAUCAGAAUAUUUAUAGUCGGUCUCUGAAUUAAUUAACAUUGCACUACACUCUGUACUGUACAUUUCAUUUUCUCCAGGGUUGUCGGAGAAGAACAUUUUCUGACUCACCCUCCUCCGACUCCAGCGGUGGUGGUCAGUGAACUGUGGUUAUGCCCACGGUCUCACAUGUAGAUUGGGAUGUUUGGGAUGUUUCAGGUUCUUGUUUGCCUGUGAGUGUUAAGUCAUAUUCAUGAUGAAGGUGGGAGGAGGGGCCACUUGUGACGCAUUCCUUGUUGUGUGCUCUCACGGCUCCCCCUCCUUCCUUCCUUCCUUCCUUCCUUCCUUCCUUCCUUCCUUCCUUCCUUCCUUCCUUCCUUCCUUCCUUCCUUCCUUCCUUCCUUCCUUCCUUCCUUCCUUCCUUCCUUCCUUCCUUCCUUCCUUCCUUCCCUCCUUCCUUCCUUCCUUCCUUCCUUUCCUUCCUUCCCUCCUUCCAUCCCUCCCUUCAUUUCUCCCUCCCUCCCUCCCUCCCUCUCUCCCGGCAGGUGGAUGAAUAAUGCAUACCCAUACGCCCAGGUUAUGAUGGGUAAUUGAUUGAGGCAGUAAACACUGAUGUUACAGUGCUGGAGUUGGGUGGAGGAGCGGAGGGGGAGGGAGGGAGGAGGAGGGUGUUCGUCAUGGGUGGAGUGGGGUUCGUCACGCCCUCCCCUCACCUGAGGCAAAGCAGCUCCUCCACAACAAUAACAACACCAGGAGAGUGUAAGAGAGUGUGAGAGAGAGAAAUGAUUGGCGAUUGGCCUGGCAAAUGCCAGAUUGGUGAUUGGCCUUCUGGCAAGUGCCAGAUGGGCUGGACAAUUAUUUUGUUGGGUGGGCUGGUCGAAAUUGACACACACAAAUAUAGAUAUGUUUUUCUAUAGAAAUAAAACAAUAAAAAAGGUGACAUGGUCUGCGAUCCCCAUGGGCCUGUUAAGAUGUUAUAAUAAUCUAUAAUAAGCCUUUGGUUUAUCAGUGGGUAAUGGCCGGCCCCACUACCAAGAUGGGCCGGGCCUGUUUUCUGAUAGGCUGAGCUGAGGUUAUGCAAACUCAUGUUCAAAGUCAAACACGGCAUCAGCAAAGAGAGCUGCUCCGACUGUCAUCAGUUAGACAGCCAAGAUCACGGAUCAUAAAAAACGGAAAAGGUGCCAAUAAACGUAGAAAGAGCACAUUCUACAUUGUCAGCUCACUCAAAACGUCCUAUUUUUUGGGUGGCUAAAACCAUGAUUUGGUCAAAUAGUAAAGUGCAUUAUCCUCAUGAUUCCUGUAAUGAAAGUGUCUGCCCUGUGCCUUUGCCCUCGCUGGGGCCUGCUGCUGUGAUGAGCAAGCCACUCUCCUCUCCCCCCAUGCGCCCGAGAGAAAGUGUGCGCAGUGAUGCGGGCUGGUGUGGAUAAAAUGCCAGGGCCGAAUUCUUGUCCCAGUCCACCCCUGGGAGAGAGAGAGAGAUAACACCAAGCAAGAGAGGGAGACAGAGAGAAGGCAGAAGUGGGUAAGCGAGAGAGAGUUAGAGAAAGAGAGAGUACUUUAACCCAUACCUACGAAGCCAGCCAGGCAAAUCAAAUUGUAUUUUUCACAUGUGUGGAAAACCACAGGUACAGACCUUACAAAAAUCCCCAUCAAAAUCCGCCAGUUUGAGCUAGAGAUAUCUGUUUUUUGCAUGGGCUGUGUCUCGAUCCACCGCAUCUGUCUGUGUCUGCCUUCCGCAUCUGUGGUGGAAAGUGGCAGAGCUACAGCGCUGUUUGUCAGACUAGGAGACAUCCCGAAAAUCGGUCUUCUCACAAAGACGUCUGUAGUGUCCGAAAGGUUUGGCCUACUAACUAAUAUGACCACUCUAUGGAAAGAUGAGACUCUCACGAACAUGAUGGUGUUCUCCAUUUUGCUUUACGACCCCCACAACAGACUGGUAUAUGGAAUAUGUCCGUAAACACUCCAGCUAGCUGGUCUGCACAUGCUCUGACGACGCAGCUUGGGAUGCUGUCUGGACUGGCAACUUUGCGAGGGUUAACACGCUUAAAUUACUUACGUCGGCAACAGAGGUGGCUGGCUGGCUUUCCCUUUAUAUUCCUUAAUUGUCUGGAGUCCUUGCCACAUAUGUCUCGUGUCUGAGCUGUUGAAUUGCGACUCCACUUUGUCCCUGUACUGUCUGUUUUGCCUCUUUGAUUGCCUUACAGAGAUCAUAGCUGGUCUGUUUGUACACGUCCAUAAAUGCGGUAGUUUGCGCUUUCAGUUUAGCGCAAAUGCUGCCAACGAUCCACGAUCUUUGGUUUGGAUAAGUUCUAAUCAUCACAGUGCCCUUCCUGAUGAAUCGAGUCAGUGUAUACGUCAAUAAUAUUCUCAGAGACGAACCAGAACAUUUCCCAGUCCAUGUGAUCAAAACAAUCUUAGAUUCCGAUUGGUUAGACCAACGUUGAACAGUCCUUACCACAUGUGCUUCCUGUUUAAGUUUCUGCCUAUAGGUGGGGAGGAGCAGAAUGGCGCGUGAUCUGAUUUGCCAAAGGAAGGUGCGGGGAAGGACCUUGUAGCCGUCCCGGAAGGGAGAGUAGCAAUGAUCAAGAGUUUGUGAUGCGCUUGUAGCACAGGAGAUGUGUUAAAGUCCCUAGCUACAAAAAAUGCGGCCUCAGGAUAUGCGGUUUCCAGUUUGUACAUAGUCCAGUGUAGUUCCUUGAGAGCCAUUGUGGUGUCGGCUUGGGGGGGAAUGUACACGGCAGUGAUGAUGAGCGAAGAAAAUUAUCUUGGGACAUAAUGUGGUCUGCAUUUGAUGGUGAGGUAUUCCAGAUCGGGAGAACAAAAGGACUUGCGUUCCUGUACGUUACCACAAUCACACCAUGAUGAUAUGUUAAUCAUGUACAGUGCCUUCAGAAAGUAUUCACACCCCUUGACUUUUUCCACAUUUUGAUGUGUUACAGCCUGGAUUUAAAAUUGAUUAAAUUGGGAUUUUUUGUCACUGGCCUACACACAAUUCCCCAUAAUGUCAAAGUGGAGUUAUGUUUUUCGAAAGUUUUACACAUGAAUAGAAAAUGAAAAGCUGAAAUGUCUUGAGUCAGUAAGUAUUUAAACACUUUUGUUAUGGUAAGCCUAAAUAAGUUUCAGGAGUACAAAUUUGCUUAACAAGUCACAAAAUAAGUUGCAUGGACAUUUUGUGACACUGGCCUACACACAAAACCCCAUGGACUCACUCUGUGUGCAAUAAUAGUGUUUAACAUGAUUUUUUAAUGACUACCUCAUCUCUGUACCCAACACAUAAAAUUAUCUGUAAGGUCCCUCAGUCGAGCAGUGAAUUUCAAACACAGAUUCAACCACAAAGACCAGGGAGGUUUUGUAAAAAAAUUAAUAAAAAAAAAACAGACAUUGAAUAUCACUUUGAACAUGUUGAAGCUAUUAAUUACACUUUGGGUGGUGUAUCAAUACACCCAGUCACUACAAAGAUACAGGGGUCCUCCUAAAUCAGUUACCGGAGAGGAAGGAAACCGCUCAGGGAUUUCACCAUGAGGCCAGUGGUGACUUUAAAACAAUUACAGAGUUUAAUGGCUGCGAUAGGAGAAAACUGAGGAUGGAUCAACAACAUUAUAGUUACUCCACAAUACUAACCGAAUUGACAGAGUGAAAAGAAGGAAGCCUGUAUAGAAUACAAAUAUUCUAAAACAUGCAUCCUGUUUGCAUCAAGGCACUAAAGUAAUACUGCAAAAAAUGUGUCAAAGCAAUUAACUUUUUGUCAUGAAUACAACGUGUUAUGUUUGGGGCAUCAUGUUAUGGGUAUGCUUGUAAUUGUUAAGGACUGGGGAGUGUGAAUGUCAAGGGGUCAAGGGGAAUUAAUACUUUCUGAAGGCACUGUGUGUGUGUGUGUGUGUGUGUGUGUGUGUGUGUGUGUGUGUGUGUGUGUGUGUGUGUGUGUGUGUGUGUGUGUGUGUGUGUGUGUGUGUGUGUGUGUGUGUGUGUGUGUGUGUGUGUGUGUGUGUGUGUGUGUGUGUGUGCGUGCGUGCGUGCGUGUGUGUGUGAGUGUGUGGAUAGAGACCUGUGAGUGUGCAUAUAGCCAGUGCAGGUAGUGUCCCUGCAGAUAGUCCAUACAGAUAAUCCGGGUAGCCAUUGAUUAGCUAUUCAACAGUCAUCAGAGGCGCCAGGCCUCACAUGGCAUCAUUAAGGUGGCGGAUUAAGAUUCCUGAGCUUUCGGAAAGACGUGAGUAAUCCUCUCAAAUGGAACGGGGGAGUGUGCAGUGGCAUUUUGAGCAUGUCCUGUUGUUGCUUGCUGGUGGAAUAUUAACUCUAUGAGGUCAGUGAGUCUCACUGUUCUCUACAAUGGACUGACUGGGGAUGAUGUUGCUGAGCUAGUUUCCACUCUGGACUGUCAGAAAUAAUCAGGUAACACUGACAGACUAUCGCCUCUUCGAGACUCUGUCUUUCCUACUCUAGCUAGGCCAUUGCAUUCAUUGACUUAGCCCUGGACUCUUAGACAUCAUCACACUUUGCCUCUGUAAAGUCCUCUGCAACAAUCACUCUUGGACUCACACACUUUAUUCUGGAGCUCAUGAAAGGCUUUAUAUUCCACGUCAGUCGCUGCAUCCCCUUUGUGCCAGCCUAUGAUCAGAGAUGGUCCAGACAGCAACUCUUGAAAUCCAGACCCAUCUCUGCCUAUGUUGUGUUUAUUUAUUUCCCUCAGAACCCAGAGCCCCAGCCAGCCCCAGCCCCGGUCAGGUGGGCCCAAAUGCUGCCUGCUAAUGGGGUUAUACAUAAAACAUCCGCAUCUGGCUGGCUGCCUGACUGGCUUCCUGAUAGCAGGAUGUGCAUGUCACUGGGAAUAAGGACAAGGCCUGAUGAGGGGCUGUAGUCUACUGGGGACCUGUGAUACAGUAAAGCCAGGGAUCAUGAAUACAGACAUCCUAAAUAUGUGAUAUCUCUUUUCCCAGUUUUUAAAUAGUUUUCAUAGAAUCGUAUUUUCCCACAAUCUCUGCUACUGUACAAUGAUCAGUGUUCCUUUUCGAAAACAAUGAUCAGUAUUCUGAGAAUACUGUGUGUGUGCGUGCAUGCGUGAGUGAGAGUGAUCCAUAGAAGUGCUCUCUGCUCUGCUCUGAGAGGAGGCUCUCUCUCUCUCCCCCUUGGUAAACAGGAAGCAGCUUCUCAAUAAUGACACCUCAGUGCCUCUCUGUGAUGGACUUAAUGCCUUAACAAACACCCCACUGCCUCUGAUUGAGUUAUUGUUUUAACAAACAACCCACUGCCUCUAAUUGAGUUAAUGUUUUAACAAACACCCCACUGCCUCUAAUUGAGUUAAUGCUUUAACAAUCAGACAGAGAGAGGGGGGGAGAGGAGAGGAAGAAUGAAUUCUCUCUCUACGUAUUUUGCCAGUUGAACAAUAGUCAGUAAGUAAAUAGUGAUUACUGAUUAUAUACAAAAUGUAUGGUGCUAUAAUAAUAAACCUCAGGUUGUUUGCCAUAUUCAUAGCAGUACUGUAUGUGACUCUAGGAUUUCUAGGAAAAGCAACCAUUCCCACAUGAAAAAAUACUACAGUUUACUAUAGAAUACUACAGUAUUUACUACAGCAUUAUGUGAAAACACAGUCAGCAGAAACACUACACUUUUUGAACUACAGUAAUUCCUCUUCCCCAUAUCCCAAUUUAUGCCUCCCAUAAGUGAGAAACCUACAGUGGGGAGAACAAGUAUUUGAUACACUGCCGAUUUUGCAGGUUUUCCUACUUACAAAGCAUGUAGAGGUCUGUAAUUUUUAUCAUAGGUACACUUCAACUGUGAGAGAUGGAAUCUAAAACAAAGAUCCAGAAAAUCACAUUGUAUGAUUUUUAAGUAAUUAAUUUGCAUUUUAUUGCAUGACAUAAGUAUUUGAUACAUCAGAAAAGCAGAACUUAAUAUUUACUACAGUAUUUAUACUAUCGUUAACUGUAAAUACUACAGUAUACUACAGGAAAUACUGUACAGGAAAGUCUGCAAAAACACUAAAGUACUAUAGUAUUUAUACCACGUUGAGUUAUUGUCAAAUGACUGCCCUCACAACUCAAUGCCAGUCUCCUACUGUUUUAUUCUCUCCAAAGGACACUACUCUGGGAGGCUUCCACGUUCCCAAGGGUUACGCUGCCAUGUACAUCAGCCAUGCCAUCCACCGCGACCCGGAAGUGUUCCACCAGCCAGAGGACUUCCUGCCAGAGAGGUGGGGUGGAAGGUGAGGCCUUUACACAGAAACCCUUCUCUUUUUGCUUUUGCAGUAGCAUCGUUCACUUCUCCGCUCAAACAGGCCAACCUCCACCUACACUAAGAUCUUCUGUCUGA